GAAAGCAGUUGUGUGUAUCGAGACUAUUGUAAACAAAAAUGAACGGUUUUAGUUUGCUAUUGGGAUGAUUAUAUUUAGAGACAAAAAGGAUUGCAUUCUAAGAUUCUCAUUUUCUUAGACAUCAUCUAACACUUACUAAAAAUAAUGGCUAAUAAAAUCACUAGAAGUCAUGGCCAAGAGCCAUCGAUGUUUUUGCAGCGACCAUCAACAGGGAAAUCUCAAGAUGUGCGGCACGUUCUUACACAAACAUUCCGUGAGUUGUACACACGGGAUGCCAUUCGAACUGAGACAGUGAAGAAUCUUCAGGUGUCAAAAGGAAGUGAUGAUCCUUACCACGAGAAAUAUGUGGAGUCUUUGCAAAAGAUCUAUGAAGAGUGGCAAAGACGAAUGGACGAGGCCGCGAUGUUGGAGAGACACAUCAUGCAAGCCCAGGCAAGAUCCACGUUGGCUGAUGAGCGGGAACUUAAUCGCAUCUCUAAGAGCUGUGAUGCAUAUGAUGUUCUGGGACUGCCACCAUGCCGAGCUCACUUCAGUUCUUGUAUUGAUACUGAACUGUUAAAGAAGCAUCAUCUCCUUACACCAGAUGAUUAUGGAAGGAAAGAAAUAAUUACUAGUGCUCCACCAUCAGCUCCGUUAGUUCCGAGCUACAUCUGUCAGACGGCCACGUCCCAGCAGCACAACCGUUUGGGGGGCGAUCGCAUACAGACACCCCUCCCAGAUCUUCCUGACAUGCACCUCGAUGACUUUAGCGACCUCUCAAACGAAGAAUGCGACAUCAUCCACACAGAACUGGGUGAAGAUAUAUCCAAACAUGAUGAAUGGAAAAAGCAGAUGCAUGAAGAGCAAAGAGAAAUGGACCGGAAGGACUUGGCCAACCUUCAGGCCAAAGUGCACUACUUGCGCAACCCUCGCUGCGUGCCAAAAACAACCAGCACCGAAACACAUACUCUGAUCAAGACCCACAAACGGAAGCCCAAAGAGAUUGGCAUUAAUGACAAAAGACCAGAGCCCAGGCCAAAGGAGCCAGUUCCAAUUUUCCAGCCAUCUCCUCCCGUUAUCAUCUUCACCAACUAUGCAGUAGGAGAAGUUUAUGAGACUGUUCUGGAACUUAAAAAUGUAUCCACAGUGUUGCGACAGUGCAGAGUGCUGCCAUUAUCAACACAAUACUUUGCUGUUGGUUUAGGUCAGUUUCCCGGGGAACAUGGUCUCGUAGCACCUGGAAUGAGCUGUAAAUAUCCUGUUCGGUUUGUUCCGGAUUCUUUGUGCGACUAUGACGAUUACAUCGUGAUACAGACUCAGUCACCAGAGCCUCUCAUUGUCCCAGUCAAGGGCUGCAGAGAACCCCCAUCACUAGCACUACCUUCUACCAUUGAUGUAGGCUGCUGUCUUGUAGGAGGAUGUCAUGUAACCCAGUAUGUUGUUGUCAAUGAUGGAGGACCCGGUCGCUUUUGUAUAAUACCAAGCAGUUCCUGGCCUGCAACAAACUUUAGAUCUGUUGUGACAAAUGGUGUUGUGAUGCUCCAUCCGUUUGAAGUGCAGCCGUCGUCUUUUGAGUUGGGCAAAGGCCAGUCGGGUGUCAUAGAAAUCAUGUUUACUCCGAAUUUAGCGAAGGAAUUCACCCAGGAACUUGUGCUCAUCUGUGACAACUGCCAGGUGAAACACGUCAAUGUCAAAGGACAAGGGGAAAUUGCCAAGGUUGAGCUUGUUUCUGUUGAGCACGGUCUGUCAGAACACAUGCUGGGUGAGCUGCAUGACACGACGGCGGAACACUUCAUCAGGUUCGAUGAGCUCAACCCAUUCACGUACACAGACAGGAAUAUUUCCGUCCAUAACUGCACGAAUGUGGAGCUGCCGUUUCAAUGGAUGGUGUACAAGCCUCAGAUGCAGCCACCCGACAUGGAGGCUGACGAAGUAGCGCGAGAACAGCCCGAGGACCGGAUUCCCGAUCUCGACGCGGUUUUCAGCGUUCACCCUCCCAGCGGAACUUUGGCUCCCGACCAAACCAUGGACUUCAAGGCAACGUUUGCACCUCCAGUGCUUGGUGAAUUCCAUGAUGUUCUUCACAUGAUGCUGCAACAAGUCCCUCACAUCAGUGAAACUGCAAGCACCAAGUCAGAACGUCGAUUGUCUGUCACGUCAGAAGAAGAUGGGAUCUCAGAUAUAUUUCCAUCAAGCAUUGUACAAUACAGAGAUGUUACAGGUCUUGAAAUUGAAGCAAAAGGGUCCGCCGUCACACCAAAUGUUGUUUUGCACCCAUACGCCAUGUACGUUCCAGGACCACACCUCGUUGGCACAACCAUCAAGAAACUAUUCACCAUGGCGAAUCACAGCUUCUCGGUGAUAACCUUCCAGUGGGAGCCUCACACUGAGAAACAUAUUAUAGAAGUGGAGCCGCCAAAUGGAGAACUUGAUCCUGGGAUGGCUGUGGAUCUGGAGCUUGGUCUGACGGGAGUCGAGCCGGGGAAGAUCAGCACAACUCUGUACUGUUACGUGAUGAACAUGGACGAACCUCUCGCCCUGCAUGUCGAGUUCGAAGUCAAGGGUCCUGAGCUCACGAUCCGUGAACCAGACAUCAAUUUUGGUUUGGUCCGACUGGGUCAGUCGGUAACUAAGGAAAUGACUCUGACCAACCAGUCCCAAGUAACAACUCCGUGGACCGUUACAAAUUGUCCUGCGCCAAUAUGUAACACAGAUGAGGACCCCAUGGCCCCGAGUGAGUUUGUCUUCACGCCCAGCUGUGGUGAACUGAAACCACUGGAAACAAAAGUUGUGUGUGUCUCAUUCACUCCAAAGAAUCCAAAGACUGUCAAGCGAAUCUUCGAAGUUGGUGUUGAAAAUGGCAACAAAUGCUGUAUUGAUUGUUUUGCUGAGGUCCAGGCUCCCACUGUGUGCCUGCUGGAAUGUGUCAUCACUCUGACAGACCAUUACGUGGGUGUGCCCCAUGUUACAAAUGUCUUUCUCUACAACCAAGGACUGCUGCCAACACAGUUCCAGUGGGGGGAGGCUAAAGGAGACGAUGCCGAAGACUGUUCAAUUGAGUUUGACCAGAAAUCUGGAGUGAUUGGACCAAGAGAAAAGAAGCAAAUCCGACUGGAUUUUUGUGCAAAGAGAGAAGGACAGUUCACCGAUAUUCAGAUACCAUGUGCUGUCGAUGGCAUGGAUUGCCCACUCUGUCUGAAUUUGUCAUGUUGCGUUAAGGGACUGUCGGUCUCUCUCAAGAUUUCUGUUGAUGGAACAGAACAGUGCGAAGGUUUGCAAAUUGAUUUUGGCAAUAAUGUUCCACUGGGUUCAGCACCAAAACGCUUCUUGCACGUUAAGAAUGAGUCGGCUAUUACGACUCCAUUUCAUAUCGCAGUGGAAUAUUUCAUAGCCAAACCACCUUCUCCUCCAGAGAAAAAAGGAGAAGAAACACCUCAAAGUCGAAGGAAGAUUCUGGGCCGUACUCCAAACCUAGCAGAUCCAUUCAGCAAGACCGCUUGCAAGGCUCAAGCAGAGUUCUACAAGGCCAUGUUAAUGCAAGGCAACGGAGCAGCCUUCCUGCCUACUCCAUCAUCAGGGCUACUCCAGCCCUUUGCAGAGGAAGUCAUUGAAGUCACAGCGUACUGCGAUACUUGGGGACAAUACACAGACAACAUCAUUCUCAAGGUUGGACACUUGGAGCCGAUGAUAAUUCCUGUGUCAAUGACAGCUGUUGGUUGUCCUCUACAGUUUCAGAUGUUUGCAGCAAAGCCUGAACUUCAGCCAGUUGUCAGGUUUGGUACACAUGUGGCCGGUGUAGCACCAGUGAGACGGAAGGUCCGAGUGAACAACAACAGUCCAUUCGAAAUUCGUAUUGACUGGGUGCUGUUUAACGUUGAACAAAAUGACACCAAGCUGAUAGAUCUAAACAUCUGCUACAGUCGACCAUUUCCACUCAGAGACAGUCAUGGCAAUGUGGUCAUAGCAACGCCAGUGGAAGAACCUGAACCCAUUUCCAGAGUUCCAUCCGAUUAUAUACCAAAUUCCAGUGACACGACUCCCAAUGUAAGUGACCUUGACCUGUCCAUGUUGGAAGCUACACCCAGCUGUGAUGAGAUGGAGGAAUCGGAGAAACGCUCGAAACUGAUUUCACUGUAUGUGCGUCAACAUGAAGGGAAGAAGUCUCUGAAUCCUUACAGCAUUGAUCCACCGCAGAUGUCUAUUGCGGCUCACAGCUAUGCUAUAGUAAUGGUACAGUUAAUGCCGUUCCCUGCCAUAGAGGUGGACCAUGAAAUAGAUUGUAAUGGAUUUGCUUUGGGAUACAUGAGUGUUGAUGGAAAGGCAGCAGGAGUUCCCAGGAAAGUGUCACGGACAGAAGCUUUUGAAGUCCAGACGUUGAGACUGGAAAUGACUUCACAUCUCAAACCUGCACUGUUAACCAUAGAGCAUGGGGAUGAAGAUGGAAUGGUGUAUCAGUCAGCCAUGAGUGACCUACUGGACAGAAAUAACUCUUUAAUGCCGGAGUCAUUAAGGGCGUGUUCCAUGCUGUUAUUGAACAACACGGAGACCCCAGUGACAUUCAGGAUGAAGGUGAACAAGCCAUUUUGGAUUGUAGAACUUGACCCGUCGACCAAUGUGGCUGAAUCAACACGGGCCCUGGAAACCAACAUGCACACCCUGAAGCCUCAACACAACCUUCUAGUGAAGGUUGCUUUGAAAAUCACCAAGGAAUUGCUGGCAAUCUACAAUGUUGUUGAUGAUAAUGAUGAUGAUGAUGAUGAUACGGAACACCUCAAUGACAGUAAGAUGUACAUUCAUGACAAGCUGGAGAUAGAGUUCAACAAUUCAACUUCUCAGAUUGUAAAACUGCAAGCUUCGAUUGCAAUCCCACAGUUUGAGCUGUCCAAACACUCUCUCAACUUCGGCACCUGCCUGGUCGGUCAGCAGAGAGAAAUGGAAUUCAUCAUUUCAAAUCAGACCGCCUCGCACAGCUUCUGGACUGCGUCCAUAGAGUCCCAGUCGGACACGUGUGCACCAGAAACGUUCACUGUUACCCCAUCCAGCAGUCUCUUGGAGGCACGCAUCACGCAUGUCAGCAACAGCAAACUUCUCCUCAAAGUCCACUUCACAGCAAAACAUGCAGAGGAGUAUGAAGCGGUGUUCUUAUUUGUGGGUACUCUAGGAGAAGAGCCACAGAGGUUGAUUAUCAGAGGAACUGGCUCAUAUGAUGGAAAAUAUAUGGCAGUCAUGGACAUUUAAACCACAUUCCAUCAGUGAUUACAAACAGAAUCUUACAGAACACUGAAUAUAUGUUCUUUUUUCAGUCAUAGUCUCUAUGGCGAUUUAAGAAAGCAGACAAUUUAAGUUGGUUAUGAUUGUUCCGUCCACAUAUGAAUAACUAUACCUUUUAUUUUAUUUGUCAUCUGUGAUGUCCGUUUCUAUUGUUUAAUGGAUUGGUUGUUUAACAUUUAAAAUAUAUUUCAUGGUUAUAAAUUACAUAAAUCGAAGUUUUAACAUACAGCAUAAUAAAUUAUCAGAUGAAUAUCUAAAAAAAAUUUAGAAUGUUAAUAGUUCUCUUAAUACAAAACUGUGUGGAUUUUUGUUUACAUUUGUUGACUUAAAAAGAAGGUAAUAUAUAUAUAUAUCUUUUUGUGUAUUUGUUUAAUUAUAUGUACAGUAUUUAUUUUACAUUGAAUUAGCCAUUUCUAAUGGCAGGUUUAUACAUUUCACACUAGAAAAAGCUAUUUUAAUUGAGUAUUUGUGAUAUAUAUCUAUAAAAUUGAAACAUUUAUUGAGUUCUAAAUCAGUAUUUAAAAUAAAAUUUUAAGAUCUGC